GUAUCGCGAGAGUUGCAUCGAUUCACUUCCUGUACGAGUGCAACACGAUUUUCAUGCCGCUCCGCCUUACACAAAUGUAUGUAAUUGCCAGCCAGAGGUGAACAUGGCCGAAAUUUCGGAGAGGACACUACAAGUCGCUGUCGUGGUCUCCUUCGCCGCCGGCUUUGCGGCGGGAUGGCAGGCGAACAGAAUGAGGAGACAGUUUCUGGACUGGAGGAAGAAGCGGCUGCAAGCCAAACUGUCAGAGACUCAGAAGAAGCUGGAUUUGGCUUGAAUGGUUUGGGGCUGUCUUGAAGGCUGGUCUUCUCUGCAGAAGCUGCUGGAUGUGCUGCACCUCGUUACUUGUGAUCUGCCCUCUUCCUACAUCCUUCGACAUGACCACACUUCAUUUAAUUCAUCGGCCAACCGAUUUGAAAUACAAAAUUGACCGUCUCACCACAGCUCAUUACUUUUGGAAGAAGUUCAUCAUCUUUGGUGUCACCUGUUUUUUUUCAGUCCCAGCUCGUCUGUAACAUACCGGGUGAAAUUGUUUUAUAAAGUUUCUGUAACUUUU